CUGUCUAGACAGGCUGGUUUGGUUUUUUUUUUCCAAGGAAAGAAAGAUGGCGGAGAUAGAGUCGUUGACUCCAAAUGUGGCAGAAAAGGUGUUUGAGGGAGAAGGAGGCUCGUACCACAAAUGGUCUGCUUCCACAUCGCCGGUGCUUGGGGAAUCCAAGGUUGGUGCCGGUAGGCUUGUUUUGCAGCACCGUGGGUUCGCUCUACCACACUAUGCAGAUUGCUCCAAAGUUGGCUAUGUUCUUCAAGGCAAUGAAGGAUUAGUGGGAAUGGUGUUCCCAAACACAACAUCAGAGAUUGUGCUUAAUCUUAAGAAAGGAGACGUAAUACCAGUACCAGUAGGAUCAGUCUCAUGGUGGUACAACAAUGGAGACUCUGAAUGGGUCAUAGUUUUCUUAGGCGAAACUUCAAACGCCUAUCUUCCCGGCGAAUUCACUUACUUCCUUCUAUCCGGAGCACUAGGCGUCUUCCGGGGUUUCUCAACUGAGUUCAGUAGCAGAGCAUACAAUCUGAACCAUAACGAUGCAGACAAGCUAACCAAUAGCCAAACCGGUGUCUUGAUUGUCAAACUAGACCCCAACAAAACCAUGCCCAAACCAGGCAAGGCAGGGCUUGAUACGGUCCGCGACAUUGAUUCUGCGCGGCCUGAUGUCACCGUUAGCAAGGCUGGCUCGAUGAUUACACUGACACCGGCGAAGUUCCGGGCUCUUCAGCCGACCGGAUUGAGUGUGAACUCCACGAGAUUGGAUGGUAAUGCUAUGCGCUCACCAUUUUAUUUGGCCGAUGGAUCGGUUCAGGUGAUUUAUGUUGUGAAAGGGAGUGGGAUGCUGCAAAUGGUGGGUUUGAAUGGAGAGCAAGCUUUGGAUGCCAAGAUUGAAGCUGGUCAGUUGGUAGUUGUGCCCAAAUUCUUCACAGUUUCCAUGAUUGCUGGAGAUGAAGGACUGGAUUGGUUCUCCGUUACGACCACCGCUGAUCCUAUGGUUGAAGAGCUAGGAGGUGGGAAGUCAGUGUGGCAUGCCUUGUCUCCUGUGGUCAUACAAGCAUCUCUAGAUGUAACUCCAGAGUUCGUUCAAGUUUUCAAGUCAAACAUCAAAAAUAGCACUAUGCUUGUCCCUCCUCCAAAUUAAUUAUGCAAUUAUUUCUAGAAUUAUAUGUAUGUUUAAUGUUUCUCAAAUAACUAUAAUUGUAGCGUCCUAUAAUUUCCAAUAAAAUUUACUAUGUUUCUCAAAUAAAAAUUUACAAUUUCCAAUAAAAUAUGCUAUAAUUAUAU